AUGGUGGCCCUCGCCCCGGGCGCGCACUGCCCCCCCACGCGACCUCCGGGGACUCGCGACCGCCCAGGCACGCCACCCUCUCUUCCCGACAGCUCCCAAGGCCGACAGCCCCUUCCUCCAACCCCCCACCCCUCCCUGGAGCCCCUCCCUGCCCCCUCUCCCCUCCUUCUGCAGCUGAGAGCUUCUGGCUGGGUCCAGGCUCGGUCCAGUCCAGUCCUGGCCCACAUGUCGGUGGAGAUGCUGCUCCUGGUGCUCGCGCUCGGGGCUGCUGUGGCAGGGGGACAGGGGGCCCCGGGCUCCUGCAGCUUUGAGAUUCACACCUGUGGAUACACGUCAGACCCAGACUACAGCCCCUGGAGCCUGCACUCUCAAGGUCAUUUUGUGGCGGUGGAGACAAACUCUGCCCGGGACAGUGUGGAGGACACAGGGGAGAAGAGUGGAGAGGACAGCACACAGACCCAGGGAGUACCCAGCGGGGGGACUCGGGGGGUGCUCCUCAGCCCCCUCCUGGAGCUGGGGGAGUGGAGCUGUCUGCGGCUGGUGUACCAGGUGAGCGUGGAGGGCAGCCUGGACGUCCUGCUGCGCACUGAGGGCCAGAGCUUCGACCGGCCCCUGUGGAGCACCAGGACCCCCUCUGAGAGCUGGAUCAUCUCCAGUGUGGACCUCAGCAACACCAGCCUGCCCUUCAGGGUGGUGAUUGACGGUGCGUCGGGCAGAGCUGCAGGCAGCAGUGUGUCUCUGUUUGAGAUCCACAUCAGCCCCGGAUACUGCCUCGAGUGUGACUUUGAGGAGUCUCAUCUGUGUGGCUACAGUAACCAGUGGAAUGCCAAUGUCAACUGGUACGUGGGGGGAGGGGCCGUGCAGCUGCUGGACAAUGACCUGAGCCCUGACCACUCCUCCAUCAACCGUACAGGACACUUCAUGUACGUGGACUCCCUUCAUGCUGUCACCUUCCAGGAGGUGGCUAAGCUGGUGUCUCCCAUGACCACAGCACCCAUGUCAGGCUGCUUGAGCUUCCAGUACCAGCGCAGCGAGGCUGGAGGAAACCUGUUCUCUGUGUACACACGGGACAGGCUGGGGCAGUACCAGGAGCUCUGGAGGGCCACUUCAGUGAGCCAGGGGCCCGGGGAGUGGGUGCCCGUACAGAUGGACCUCAAAGCCCCCUACUCUCUACAGGUGGUGUUCGAGGUGGCUUUCAGCAGUGCCAGAGGAGGGCGGGUGGCUGUGGACGAAGUCUCCUUCUCCCCGCAGUUCUGCAGCUCUGACACAGAGCCAACCUUUGACCCGUCGGUGGGCAGCUGUGACUUCGAGGAGGGGCUGUGUGGGUAUGCCCAGGGCCACGGCGCCCCCUGGAGGAGAAUCUCUGUCAAACCAAACCUCUUCAGGAACGGAGACCACACCACCGGAUCAGGCUCGUUCCUUUUGGCUCACUCUCAUCUGGCUCCUGGCUCUGUGUACGUGAGCCGUCUGCUCGGCCCUAAUCUGCCCGGCAACACCAAGUUCUGCCUCAGGUUCUACUUCUCCCUCAGAGGGUAUAACCAGACAGAGCAGGCGCUGAGUGUGUACCUGCAGCACGGCCUGGUCCAGGAGAAGAUCUGGACUCAGGGAGAGAAGUCCAGAGGCAUCUGGAUCCAAGGAGAUGUGAGCUUCACCACCAGCUCCCCCUCCAAGGUGGUGUUUGUGAGCGUGUGCAGGAGCCUGUGGGACUGUGGCUCUGUUGCCCUUGAUGACAUCAGUCUGGAGUUGGGACACUGUGAGCUGGGGACAGAUCUGCUGUCUGUCCCUGCACACUGUGACUUUGAGGCGGGGCUCUGUGGGUACUCUCAGGACAGACACACUGAUGAUGCAGACUGGCACUGGAGAAAAGGGCCCACCCCCACGUCGUACACGGGGCCCCGGGGGGACCACACCACCGGCCUGGGACACUAUGUGCACCUGGAGGCGUCCCCCCUGCUCCCAGGACAGAGUGCCCGGCUGCGCUCCCCCUCUCUGCGGGGCUCCCGGGGGCCCCAGUGCCUCCUCUUCCACUUCCACAUGUACGGCUCUGGCACGGGGCGUCUGAGUGUGCACGUGGACGAGGGCGGAGAUGUGCGCACGCUGUGGGAGAAGGACGGGGAGCAGAGCAUGGGCUGGCUCAGGGCACAGCUGCAGUACCAAAGCGACAGGCAGCAUCAGAUUGUAUUUGAAGCCACCAGGGGGCCCUCUGUACGCAGUGACAUUGCCAUCGAUGACAUCCGUCUGGAGAGUGGCCCCUGCCCAGUGGAAGAGCUGGACGUCAGACUAAGUUCUAAUGAGCUGGAGUAGAUGUGGUCGUGUUGUACAGUGUGAGAGAGCGCCCCCUAAUGACGAGGGGCAUAAGAAACUCUGAGUGGAACUCUGAGGGCGUGGGACUGGACAAAGCUGACCUUUAGUAGUUUACAGAUGAGACGCGACAAACACAACCUCUCAUCCAUAGAUAAAUUAUAUACAGGACAUUGUCUCUUCACAUGUUCACAGAGACAUAAAGAUCACUCCUUAAAGUCGCUUGUACUUUACAAGAUGUUCAUGAAUUGUACAGAAAGAUUUGUUGAUAUGUAUUUCUAAACUUUCUAAAAGAGUUAAUAAAGUUUUAACUCCAAAAA